AUGCCCAAUCUGUUCCGCCUGCAGCUCCAGGAGGCAUUCCAAGCUCUGACGCCGUCCUCACCGCUCCCGUUCCAACCACCACCGCUGCUGGUGCUGCUGGUGCUGCCGCCCACCCUCCGCUCAACUUCUCCCGUUUCGAAGCGCCCACACGCGGCUUUGGGCGUGAUCUCUCGACGCUCGUUUUCCUUAACGCCAAUUUCUCCCCCUGGCCGCAUCUUGUCUUCCCUGUUACUGCUACGCCAUCCCGGCCCUGGGUCAAGCUGUUUGCCUUUGGUCCCAAUUGCUAGAGCCUCUCCCUGCACCCGGUCCCCUCUACUUCACCACGGGAAACGCAAUCAGCCUUACCACCACCACCACCAGCAAGCUUAUAAAUACCCCUCUGCAUUCUCUCGUCGAUCUUACUUCUCCUCUUCCGCCAUGGAGCUCAACGGCUCUCCCCAAAAACCUAAACGCAAACACAGCGGUGACCCUCACUCGUUACCCUCUGCCAAACACCUUCGUCCAGACUCAGCCGCUCCAUCCUCACCCAGGAUCUCCGGCGAUCAGACUUCCGGCGACCUUGCCGUGUACGGAUACCGCAACGUGGACUCCGCCGAUGCUGCUGCGAUGCAGAUGAAGCUUCCCGCCGUCCAGACCGAUUCUGCGGAGUGGCAGGAGACGAUUGAAACCGUCGUGAAGAGCGUUGUGUCCAUCCAUUUCUGCCAGACUGCGUCCUUUGAUACGGAUCUGUCCAUGUCCAGCCAGGCCACGGGGUUUGUCGUCGAUGCGAAGCGUGGUUAUAUCUUGACCAACAGACAUGUUGUCUGUGCGGGCCCGUUUUGGGGUUAUUGUAUUUUUGAUAAUCAUGAAGAGUGUGAUGUAACACCCAUCUAUCGCGAUCCUGUUCACGAUUUUGGUAUCCUCAAGUUCGAUCCAAAGGCAAUCAAGUACAUGCCCCUCACCGAAUUGAAGCUACAGCCAGAAUCCGCCCGUGUGGGUGUGGAGAUCAGAGUUGUGGGAAACGACGCUGGUGAAAAGUUGAGUAUUCUCUCCGGUGUGAUCAGUCGUCUUGAUCGCAACGCCCCGGAGUACGGUGAAGGGUACAGCGAUUUCAACACGAACUACAUCCAGGCCGCUGCGGCUGCUAGCGGUGGGAGUUCCGGCAGUCCCGUGGUCAACAUAGACGGCCAUGUGAUCGCGCUGCAGGCUGGUGGUCGUGCUGACGGUGCGGCAACUGAUUACUUCCUCCCACUCGACCGACCCCUUCGCGCGUUACAGUGUAUUCAGAAAGGAGAACUUGUCAGUCGCGGAACCAUACAGACUCAGUGGAUCAUCAAGCCCUUUGACGAAUGUCGACGUCUUGGUCUCUCGCCAGAAUGGGAGGCUGAAGUCCGCAGAGUAGCCCCGAAAGAAACCGGUAUGCUCGUGGCGGAGAUCGUACUUCCUGAAGGCCCUGGCGACGGCAAAUUACAAGAAGGCGACGUGCUGAUCAAGGCCAACGGCGAGCUUCUGACCCAAUUUGUCCGGUUAGAUGAUAUCCUGGACUCCAGUGUCGGAGGGGACGUUCAUCUGCUGGUGCAGAGAGGCGGCGAGGACCUGGAAGUUACGUGCAAGGUUCAGGAUCUUCAUGCGAUCACUCCGUCACGAUAUGUUACCGUUGCUGGAGCUACCUUCCACGAUCUAUCCUACCAGCAAGCGAGAUUGUAUGCCAUCGCGUGCAAAGGUGUCUAUGUGUGUGAGGCAGCUGGAUCGUUUAAGCUGGAAAGUACAUUUUCUGGAUGGAUCAUCGAUUCAGUUGAUAAAAGACCAACAAGAAAUCUAGACGAGUUCAUUGAAGUUUUGAAGACUAUCCCAGAUCGCGCUAGAAUUGUUCUUUCCUAUCGCCAUAUCCGAGAUCUCCAUACCCGUGGAACAAGCAUCGUUCAUAUUGAUCGUCACUGGCAUCCGCAUAUGAGACUGGCCCAGAGGAACGACCAAACAGGGCUCUGGGAUUUCACAGACCUCGCGGACCCAAUUCCUGCCGAACCCCCGGUCCCACGUAAAGCUGAUUUCAUUCAGCUUGACGGUGUCAGUCACCCUGCCGCUGCUGAUAUUGUCCGAAGUUUUGUCCGUGUCUCAUGCACCAUGCCCGUCAAGUUAGACGGGUUUCCACAGGCCAGAAAGACAGGGUUCGGAUUAGUGGUUGACGCAGAGAAGGGCUUGGUUGUGAUCUCCCGAGCGAUUGUCCCGUUUGACCUGUGCGAUAUCAACAUCACCGUCGCCGACUCUAUCAUCGUGAGCGCCAAGGUUGUCUUUUUGCAUCCCUUGCAGAAUUACACGAUCAUUCAGUAUGAUCCUAGCCUCGUCCAGGCGCCCGUCAAGACCGCACGCUUGAGCCCAGAAUACAUCAAACAAGGAGCGGAGACAUUGUUUGUGGGGUUCAAUCAGAACUUUAGAAUCGUGGUUGCGAAGACUGCGGUCACUGAUAUCACCACUGUUGCUAUUCCACCUAAUGCGGCGGCUCCUAGAUACCGCGCCAUCAACUUGGAUGCCAUCACUGUUGACACUGGACUGAGCAGUCAGUGCACCAGUGGUGUUUUGCUAGGAGAAGAUGGUGUGAUUCAGGCUCUGUGGUUGAAUUACCUCGGUGAACGAACGCAAUCCUCCCACAAAGACGUGGAAUAUCAUCUUGGCCUUGCUACGCCGUCUCUGAUCCCCGUCAUCUCGCAAAUCCAGAGUGGUGUCAUCCCGCGCCUGCGCAUCCUCGAUAUGGAGACAUAUGUUAUUCAAAUGAGCCAGGCACGUGUCAUGGGUGUCUCGGAGGAAUGGAUUGAGAAAGUCGCCAAGGCUAAUGCCGCAAGACAUGAACUGUUCAUGGUUCGAAAGGUGGAUUGCGCCUCGCCGUUGUCCGCCGAUGUCCGACCGCUAGAAGAGGGAGACAUCAUCUUAACGUUGAAUGAUAAGCUGAUCACACGUGUGUCCGAAUUUGAUAUGAUGUACGACCAGGAGACUCUUGACGCGUUGAUUGUGCGAAAUGGCGAGGAGAUGAAGAUCAAGAUCAAGACUGUGCCAACAGAGGAUCUGGAGACCGACCGGGCGCUGAUUUUCUGCGGUGCCGUAUUGCAGAAACCGCAUCACGCCGUUCGACAGCAGAUCAGUAAGUUGCACAGCGAAGUCUACGUCAGCGCAAGGUCGCGUGGCUCCCCAGCCUACCAGUACGGCCUCUCUCCAACGAACUUCAUCACCGCAGUAAACGGUGUCAAAACCCCCGAUCUAGAUUCGUUCAUCCGAGAAGUCAGCAACAUCCCCAACAAUACUUACUUCCGCCUCCGAGCCGUGACCUUCGACAAUGUGCCCUGGGUCGUGACCAUGAAGAAGAAUGAUCACUACUUCCCCAUGUCCGAAUACAUCAAAGAGCCCUCCGCACCGCUGGGCUGGCGAACUGUCAACUACGAUCGCGGCAAGGAACGCCGCGGGACUGGCGACAUUGCAAAUCUCAACGCUGAUGCGAUGGACGAAGGCAGGGACGAGGGUGUUAGUGAUGUCGAGCCUGACAUAGAGUGAUUUGAACAGGUCAUACAUACCUCUGAAGCGCUUGGUGAUGUCCCAUCACUACCGUGACACUCGUAUGAUCCUGAUGUUUGUACUCUAUUUUGUAUAUCGAAAGUGACUGCAGCAGGCUAGCUAAUGGAUUGGGAAACGGAGUUCGGUUGGGGCGUUUUUUUGGAGACCUUGUAUUUCCGGGCUGAACUAUCCUCUGUU